AAUGAACUAGUAUACGCUUGCCAACAUCCAGUGUAUUACAUUUUCGAGAUCAACGGAGUGUCUCAUGGCGCAAAAUCUGUGAUAACAGCCAUAACGCUGGGGUUGAAGCCCUAUCUUUCGAAACACAGUUUUCGUGUGUUUCUUGUGUCUCAUAGACUUCAAAGAAUAAAUUAUUGGCAGCAUUUAUGCAAUCAAUUCAGUCAAGCUUACCCCACUUCAACACUGGAUUUUUCAGAUUCAAUUCGCGCUAUGGUAUACGAUAUUCAGCCGACGCCGCUGGCUCUCCACCCUGACUCCACUUGAUUCUCACAUUGCUGAAUCAACAAGUUGGAAAUCUCACUUGAGGACAGCUGGAAGUCAAAGUACAGCCAAGAUCUCCUUUCUAGGAAAUGUAGAAGGUAAAAGUAC